AUGUGGGCGUUUGCCGAAGGUCUCGGCACUUACGGACUUUCCUGGAUCCAGAAGCGCCUAACGGCGCUUAACAAGGCGGUACCGACAAUGUGCGAAGUUGGAGGCAUGGUAACGGAAUACGCGACGGACAACUUGGAUACGCUAGUCGGUUGCACUACGGAAUACAACCCGGGUACGGCAGCAAAGGUCGCAGUGGAUGCAAUGGCGCUGACGACACUUGUCGCGGUCAACCGUUUUAAUCUGCAAACGAUCGGAAACUCGAUGAUCUGCGCAUUGCUGGAAUGUUUGAAGGGCGCCUAUAAAAAUCAGUUCACUCCAAAGUACAAAAAGUGGAUCAAGAAGUUGAACCAAACGGUGGUGAUGACAAACGUUUGCGCAAUGGGUGUGCAAUACCUUCAAACGCAGAAGCUCGUCCAGACAUGUUUUAAUGCAGCCAAGGCACGCACGCAGGUUGUCGUGAUGCAGAAGCUGUUCGACCCGUACGUCCCGAAAUACGCAGCAAUGUAUCAGACGUACAGGGAUAAGUCGACGGUAGCCUGCAUGACCAAACCGCAGAAGCGGUUCAUCAAAGUGGCCAACGUUUUGGACAAGAAAGUGAUGUGGGCGGUCGCCGAAGGCCUGGGUGAUGCUGGUGUGGCCUGGAUCAAGGGCAGAAUCGCGGCCUCGAAUAAUACCGUUCCGAUCGUUACCACCUAUGCCUCGGACAACGUCGACACAUUGGUUCAGUGCGCCACACAGUACAACCCUGCUACUGCCACAAAGAUUGCCCUCGAUGCGGUCUCGCUGGCUGGUAUAGUCGCGAUGAACGGCUUCAGCCUGCCGAAUAUCGGUAACGCGAUGAUUUGUGGGGUGCUGGAUUGUCUUCAAGCGGCUUAUAAGAAUCAGUUCUGCCCCAAAUACAAGGGCUGGCUCAAGAAGGUCGACAAGACCGCCAUGCAGAACCAGGUGUGCGCCAUGGGUGUGCAAUAUCUUCAGAACUCGAAUCUCGUCCAAACAUGUUUUAAUGCCUGCAAGGCUCGCACCCAGGUCGCCGUCAUGCAGAAGCUGUUCGACCCGUUCGUCCCGAAAUACGCAGGCAUGUACCAGACGUACAGGGACAAGUCGACGGUAGCCUGCAUGACCAAGAGCCAAACCUGCGGUUGCAACCAGGAACUGACAGACCUAAUCAAUGCGGCGGGAGGA